UAUUGGCCGAGGCGGCGGGGCUAGGGCGGGCCUUGGCGGGGCGGGCGCCGCCGCGGUGGAGGGCGGAGGAGACGAGAGGAGCGGACGGAGCAGCCCCGGCCCGGCGCGAGCGGCCGCCAUGGAGGACGGAGUCUAUGUGCCCCCCGACCUGACGGCGGAGGAGCGGCUGGAGCUGGAGAGCAUCCGGCGGCGCAAGCAGGAGCUGCUGGGGGAGAUCCAGCGCCUGCGGGAGGAGCUGAGCGAGGCCAUGAGCGAGGUCGAGGGGCUGGAGGCCAACGAGGGCAGCAAAACCCUCCAGAGGAACCGAAAGAUGGGGAUGGGCCGCAAGAAAUUCAACAUGGACCCCAAAAAGGUGAGGGGGCUCCCGGUUCUGGUGGAGAACGAGCUGCUGCGGCACACGGCCGAGGACAUCGCCCGCUUCCUCUACAAGGGCGAGGUCAACAAGACGGCCAUCGGCGACUACCUGGGGAGACCCGGCUCCCUGCCCCGCCCCAGGGAGGAGUUCAAUAUCGGGGUGCUGCACGCCUUCGUGGACCUCCACGAGUUCACGGACCUCAACCUGGUGCAGGCGUUGAGGCAGUUCCUGUGGAGCUUCCGGCUGCCGGGGGAGGCGCAGAAGAUCGACAGGAUGAUGGAAGCCUUCGCCCAGCGCUACUGUCUCUGCAACCCCGGCGUCUUCCAGUGCACGGACACGUGCUACGUCCUCUCCUUCGCCGUCAUCAUGCUCAACACCAGCCUGCACAACCCCAACGUGCGGGACAAGCCCUCGGCCGAGCGCUUCGUCGCCAUGAACCGCGGCAUCAACGACGGCGGGGACCUGCCCGAGGAGCUGCUGCGGAACCUGUACGAGAGCAUCCGCAGCGAGCCCUUCAAGAUCCCCGAGGACGACGGCAACGACCUGACCCACACCUUCUUCAACCCCGACCGCGAGGGGUGGCUGCUCAAGCUGGGCGGGCGGGUGAAGACAUGGAAGCGGCGCUGGUUCAUCCUCACCGAUAACUGCCUUACUACUUCGAAUACACCACGGACAAGGGAGCCGCGAGGCAUCAUCCCCCUGGAGAACCUGAGCAUCCGCGAGGUGGAGGACCCCCGCAAGCCGCACUGCUUCGAGCUCUACAUCCCCAACAACAAGGGGCAGCUCAUCAAGGCCUGCAAGACGGAGGCGGACGGGCGGGUGGUGGAGGGGAACCACGUCGUCUACCGCAUCUCCGCCCCCACCCGCGACCAGAAGGACGAGUGGAUCAAGUCCAUCCAGGCAGCGGUGAGCGUCGACCCCUUCUACGAGAUGCUGGCCGCCCGCAAGAAGCGCAUUUCGGUGAAGAAGAAGCAGGAGCAGCCCUGAGGGGGGGCUGGGACCCCCUGGGGACCCCCCCGGGACCCCCCCGGGCCGCGAGGGACCCCCUGGGACCCCCCCGGGACCCCCCCGGGCCGCGAGGGACCCCCUGGGACCCACCUCUGGACCGUGAGAGACCCCCUGGGACUGCACGGGACCCCCUUGGGACCACGAGGGACCCCCUGGGACCCACCUCUGGACCACAAGGACCCCCGGGACCCCCCAGGACCACG